AUGCCACUAUCUUCGAAAGGUCUACUUAAAUUUAACGAAUAUAAUGAUUUUAGAAGUGGCAAAGGAAGUAUAAGAGAACGUCAAUAUUUAGAGGAUUCAACAGAUCCAACACUUAGGGAGGUUGAAAUUAGAACAAAAGUCACACCUUUUUUGUACUUUGCUGUUUUAGUGGCAUCUUUGAGUAUUAUUGGUAAUUCAUUGUUAAUGCUUGGACAAGACUAUAACUUAACUGAGUUUAGACAAACCUCGAUUGUUGGAGCAUCAACAUUUGGUGGUACGAUUGGCGCGCUGGGUGCUGGUUGGCUUGCUGAUUUUUCUGGGAGAAAGUCUGCAAUUUAUCUAGCCUCAUUUUUAUUCAUAUUAGGUUCAUUAUUGAUGGCCUUUUCAUCAACAUUCCCUGUUCUGUUGAUUAGCAGAUUAAUAAAUGGAUUUGCUAUUGGCAUUGGAAAUAUGAUCGCUUCAUUAUAUAUUUGUGAAAUUUCACCGAAAUUUCAUCGCGGAGAGUUAGCUAGCUAUAAUAUAUUACUAAAUAAUUUUGCAAUAUUUAUUGCCGUCUUGGUAGGACUUAUAUUUGAGUCAAAUGGUGGAGGUUGGAGAUGGAUGGUUGCUGUUGCUUCUAUUCCUCCAUUAUUACAACUUUUUGGUUUAUUAUUUAUUCCUGAAACUCCAAGAUUUUUGGUGAAACAAGGUAACUUUGAGGAAGCCAAGAAAGUUUUGAGCAAAAUUUAUCCCAAUUCACCUCAUGAAUUUUUGGAAAAAGAAAUUGAGGUUAUUCGUUCAGUAGUAGCUCAAGAUUCUAAGGGUUCUUAUAUAAAUUUGUUACGUUACCCUAAUUUAAAGCCAUUCUUAAUUGUAACUGGGAUAAUUACUUUACAAGAAUUUUGUGGUUUUGAUACUUUUACAUAUUUUAGUACUGUCAUCUUAAGUAUGGCUGGUUAUAAUAGUGUGAAUGACGUUUUAAAACUUUCCCUUGUUGUAUAUGCAGGAUAUUCACUUAUGACAGCAUUGAGCUUAUAUCUAGUUGACAAAGUUGGUCGUCGUAAAUUGCUUUUAUUUACUUUGAUUGCAACAAUCCUUGGUUUAUUCCUUCUUGGAAUUGCAUUUAUUUUUAUUACAGGAUUUUCUAUCAAACUAGAUACAUGUUCAGAUUAUGGAGAUAAUUGUAAUGGGUGUUUAUUUGAUGGACGAUGUUCAUUUAGUAAACAGAAUGGUGGAACUUGUGUUGUAAAAGUUAAUUCUAUUCAACCAAACAACGUUUAUGAUUCUUGCCCUGAUAAUCAUCGUCGCUAUUUCGUGCUUGCUUCUUUAACAUUUGCCUUGAUGGCGUAUGCAUUGGGUCUUGGAAAUAUUCCAUGUUUGUUGCAAAGCGAGUUACUUCCAUUGAGUAUACGUGGUCGAGGUGUAGGAGUUUCAUCUGCUGCGAAUUGGGCAGCUACCUUUUUAGUCGGGAUAUUAUUCCUGCCGCUAGCAGGAAUUAUAACAGUUCCUGGAACAUUCUGGAUGUUUGCAAUGUUUACAAUAUUAACAUGGUGGUUCGUAUAUCUUUUUAUACCAGAAACUGCUGGUAGAUCACUUGAAGAAAUUCAAAAAAUGUUUACAUGA